UCAUCUCCUGUAAACAUCGCGUUCACCUCCGGCGGCUACAAAGAGGGAGGCUUCGUGUUGCUCCGCACAGUCGAGGCGGGCGACUUCUUUCUUGCAUUUUAGCAAAUAGAAAGUAGACCUGGUAGGGGAAUAUGGCUCGUUUAACUCCGAUAUAACGUUCCGAACAUGAUUACGGCUAAAUAUGUCGAGGAAAGCGUCGUUGAGUCUGGUUUACUGACCAGAAAGUAACGGCUGGUCUAAUCUGGACAAGCAACUCACCGAGGUCCAAAGAAGAAGAAGAAAAAAAAAGAUUAGACACUUAAACGAAGUCAAAAUUAAGCGGCGAUUUUAUUAAGUGAUUUACUAUUGUUAUUAUUAUUAUUGUUUAUUGUCAGCCUUUUGAGGAUUUUUCCUCGAUACGUACAAGUGUACUAGUCUGACGGACAGAAAUGGACCGAGGUGGUUGUCAAAUGAAUGGCGGCGGCGGCGGUGAUCGCAGCGGGGCCGACCAGCCAGGGGUGAUCACACUGGAGGACCUGGAGUCUUUCUCGGAAGACCAGCUGUCAGAUUCGGGCAACGGCAGCCUGGAGGAAGAGGCAGAAACCAUGGAGGAAGACGAAGACCGACUGCUGCAUUACUGGCAGGACGUAGCGAGGGGACACCAAGUGGAAGUUUCUCAAGAUAUGGCAGAACCCAUUCAGCAGCUAACCAGCAACAAUCAAGGACGCAGUCAGAGAGAACUCGUCCCCUUCACCCUCCUCGCACGCCGAGAGAAGUGUGGGGAGCUGCUGUAUGAGAAACGCCAGUAUGAAAAGGGCCACUGGGCUUGUAUCACAAUGCGCGAGGACACUUAUGAACAGAGCAUCUGCUAUGGUUUCAUGAGGAUAAUGAAAUACAUCUGCCAGCAGAACUCCUUAGGUGGCUACCUGGGCAUGACACUCCCUAUCGUCACAGUGGUGCGCACAAAUGAGAACCAAUCGGUGAUCUCCCGUGAUGUCACUGUGGCAUAUUUCCUUCCCAAUGAGCAUCAGGCCCAGCCCCCACCACCUACUGACAGCGAGAUCCUCAUAGAGAUCUGGCCUGCCACUACUGUAUACACAAGGGCCUUUACCGGUCCCACCAACGAAGUGACCAUCAUUAAUCAGAUCAAUGCCUUGGCCGAGCUUCUAGACUCUCCGGGUGUGUGCAUCAGUGACUCCUUCAUUGUGGCCGGCUAUACCAACCCCGCUCACAGCAACCGCCAGAAUGAAAUCUGGUUCCUGGAGCGACCCUGAAGGAUAAAGCCGCGUCCUAUCUGUGACCCUUGAGCCUAUUAAAGACUCCCAUAACACUGUCGCAGGUCAGCUACAGCCUCAGAUGCAACUAUCUCUUUAUUCACCACCUCCACCUGAAAUGACCACCAGCCCAGCGCAAACCAGAUCAGCUGGGACAUGAAAAAGAAGUCAGCCCUCUUUCAGUGGAUUUUCAUUCAAGUUUAUUUAUAUAGAUCCUGUUUUAUCUCUAAGAACUGAACUAAACCACUGCCAUAAUCUCAUGGACACAGGUCAGAUGAAGCAUAGCAUCCAUCUCCUGCUCCCACAAUUCCUGAAGAAAAAAAAAAGUAACCCCAGCCUUUCCAAGCACAGUGCUCUCCUGUUAAAAAUGAAAUAGUUCUACGUCUUAGCUCUGUGUGAACAGUGACCAUGAGUGCUGUCAAAAAUGUGCAACAGCCUGCCUUUACACAGGAUAAGCAGGCUCGUGGUAAACAUGCAGCCUCAUCCGUAUGCUCCAUUUCUGUUUGUUGCACAGCUACACUGUCUCUUCAUACGAGGUAAAGGUCAGUGCACAACAGGAAAAAAAAAUGUCUUGCUGCCAUUCUCUGGCUUGCUGAGGUGAUUGCAACGGUCAGAUCUGCGCUUUCUUUAUCUUUGCACUUAAGGUUACAAGUCUAUGUAAUGUGCAUAAACUAUUAUUUGAUUCAACAGUAAGUGCACUGCGUACCUCAUAACCAAUGAUCAUCAAACCAGGUGCGGGGCCACUUACUUAACCCAGUCUAAGGGUGUGUUCAGUGGCUGAAAAUGGUGGGUCUGGGAGGGGAUCAGCAACACUAAGCACAACCCGAUAUGACAGAAUUGGUGGCCUCAACCAUAAAUAAGCUCAACACCACAGAUGAUAUUAAAUCUAGCAAGUAUCUAUGAACAUAACAUGUUCAUGGGUGUUUUUGCAUGAAUGUACAGUUACAGGGAGAAGGCAAAAACAAAUGUCACACUUCUACAAGCCAAACACUGAAAAACACAGAUUUUACUGCUGAAUGACAAUCAUGAAGUACUUAUAUACAUCCUUUACUCUCAGCCAGUGUUUUUCACAUAUUUCAGGAUCAUUCACACAUAGGACUAAUUACCUCUGUACCUCUUUCUCAUGCUCUUUCUACUUUCAGCUGUGUGUCAACGUUAGCGAGUACACGCUCAUUCAUAUACCACUGCCGCUGAGUAAAAACAGUGCAACCAGGAAAAGACAUAGAGCACAGAGAAUAUCUAUACUGUGAUUAUACUUGAUUUUUAAGCAGAAGAAAGCUACGUUCUGUUUUAGUUAGAACUGUUUCUAACAUCCUGUCACCAUUCUAAGUAGAACCCAUCAGAGUGAAAGAAGUAUGUAUCUUAUUCUCAUAUGCAACAUAUACAAAGCGAUAUGCGUCAAAACCAGGUACACUCAGAGUUCACAGUAAUGUUAGAAUGUUUCUAUGUUGGAAAUAUAUAUUCACUGCUUGGGUGCCAGUGAAAUAAAACUGGAAGUGAACUAGCCAAAUCACCACUGUGUGAGGAUUCUUAUCAGAGCAGGGGGCAUAGUAUGAAAUGCUAAGGUGAGCAGUAAUGAAAGCAUAUUAAAUAUGUGUAAAAUUAAAAGCGCAAUGUCGAGCUAAAAUCGUGAGAAAGUUGGUUUCAUCUUAUUUAAUGAAUGAAAAAAAAAGUUAAGAAUGUUAGUAUUCGGUUAGGACGGUUGCCCACUCUUGAAGUUAGGCAGUUUGACUGACAUCAAGACACCAAAUCCAAAGAUUUUAUUUUCUAUGAAAUGUUUGUAUAGUCGAUGUGCCGUUCUAUGACAGCUGUGGUGUGCAAACAUGUGCAAAACAUGUUUUCCUUUUAAGAGUCCGAUUAUAUGGGAACACCAAUUGUGAUGAUUUAACUUUUUCCUUUCUCUCGCUGCUUUUUUUGUGUGUGUUUUACAAAAGUGUGCUGUACUGUGACAACUCAAGUGCAACAACAAGAGCUACUAUGGUUUUCUUUGUUCAAUAAAGAUGUGCUUGUCUCCUGUCUUUCAAAA